AUGAGUAAACGAUCCUCCUGGUCUGACUACCCCGUUGGCAACGCCUCCAGCACACCCGGAAAAAGCAAAUCAAGCACCAACAAUGGCUACCAGACGUCAUCAUCCACCGAGGCCAAGAAAGGGAAUGGAUCCUACAUGCUCGAUCGAUGGUCUCAAUCUUCUCCUUCGGCAGAUCCGUGGUCUUCGGCCAAGCCCUCCACGUUCCAGCACAAAAGCCGUGGAUAG